AUGAGGCACCAAAGAGCACCAAUGAACUUAUUACAGGCCUUCGAAGCUCGUCCCAUGGACAUCAAGGGCAAUGACUUCUUCGAAGUUCGCGCCAGCCGUGCGGAACACCUCCAAAAACUUCGCUAUCUGUAUCCCAUUCCCGGCCCUAUCCCCAAUGAAGUUACAGAGUCGAUGCAUGAAGUGCCCGCAAGAGAUGGGUAUUCUAUCCGCGUCCGUGUGUACCAGCCUGUCAAAGGACCGCCAGAGGGAGGCAGCCCGCUUGUUAUGAUGUAUCAUGAAGGAGGCUGGAGUAUGGGCGAUCUCACGGAUGAAGAUCUAAAUUGCAGGAUGUUUGCUCGGGACCUGGGCUGUGUGUGCGUGAACGUGGAGUACAGGUAUGGCUUCUCCACAGCGGACUUAUGGUGCACGACUGAUUCACAACGCAGACUCGCACCCGAACAUCAGUUUCCCAUCGGCGUCAACGACUGCUGGGAUGCUUUGAAGUGGGCACUCGAUAACUCCCCGUCUCUUAAGGCAACACCCACUCAAGGUGUCAUUGUCGGUGGAGCUUCCGCGGGCGGCAACCUUGCCGCCGUCGUCGCCCUUCUGUCCCGUGACACUUCCCUCUCCCCUCCAAUAACGGGGCAAUACCUCUGCGUUCCCGCCGUGCUUCCUGAGUAUAAUGUCCCGGAGCAUCUCGCCCCGCUCUACCGCUCGCGCUAUGACUCCCGCUCGGAUCCUGUCCUCAAAGACUUGCAGCCCGGCAUGAUAGAAGCAAUUUACAAGCCUGAAGAGAAGUCACCGUUAUGGGACCCUUUCAACCAUCCGAAUGAACACAAGGGUGUAGCGAAGGCCUACUUUCAGGUGUGCGGGCUGGAUCCACUGAGGGACGAGGCGGUGUUGUACGAUAGGAAGCUAAGGGAGGCUGGUGUGCUGACGAGAUUUGAUCUGUAUGCUGGCUAUGGUCAUAUGUUCUGGACUAAUUAUCCGGAGAUGAAGAGGAGCAUGGAGUUUGUAGAGGAUACGUUGAAUGGCGUGAGAUGGUUGCUAGAAAAGUAG